AUGAGAGGUUGUGAGUCCAGAAAAUUGAACCACCUCAGAGUCAACACUUCUCCGUUUUCAUUGUCAUCGUGUCCAUCGUACCUUUCUUUCGAUCCAAGCAUCAGGUUUGGUCUGGUGUCCCUUUCCAUCAACGAAUCCUCCAUCCAUCACCAACCGAACCACCACCCUAUUCCCUCUCUUUCUCUCUGUGUGUGAGUUUCAGAGAGGAUUGCAAUGGCAUCAGUAGGGGGUGACAUAUGGAAGGCCCAUGUGGGCAUGGCGCUGGUUCAGCUCUUCAAUGGCGGCUACCAUGUCAUCACCAAGGUCGCCCUUAACGUUGGGGUUAACCAACUUGUCUUCUGUCUCUACCGUGAUCUCAUUGCUCUCGCUAUCCUCGCACCCCUUGCGUAUAUCCGUGAAAAACAGACACGACCACCCAUUACUAAGAACCUCCUGAUGUCAUUCUUCUUUCUUGGAUUAACUGGGAUAUUUGGCAACCAACUUCUGUUUCUCAUUGGUUUAAGCUAUACUAAUCCAACUUAUGCUGCAGCCAUACAGCCAGCCAUUCCAGUCUUUACAUUUCUGCUAGCCGUAAUGAUGGGUACAGAAAGAGUGAAUAUACUCCGGAAUGAUGGUCUGGCAAAGGUUGUAGGAACUCUUAUCUGUGUUUCUGGUGCCGUAUUGAUGGUCCUGUAUCGUGGUGCGGUUUUGAUAGGAUAUGUAGAAAUUAAUCAUGCAGCACAUAAUGAAAUAAGUGCCAAAGGUCAGCCAGAGACUUCUGGAUGGUUAAUGGGUGGUUUUCUGGAUCUUGGGUUCGACCAAUUUCAUCUUGGAGUUCUGUGCUUGAUAGGGAACUGCAUGUGCAUGGCCGCUUUUCUAGCCAUUCAGGCACCGGUAUUAAGAAAAUAUCCUGCAAACCUAUCUGUCACAGCGUAUUCAUACUUCUUCGGAGCAGUACUGAUGGUGACAGUGUCAUUAUUCAUGACUAAUGAGUCAACUGACUGGAGUUUAACUUCGUCAGAAUUGCUUGCUGUUAUAUAUGCUGGAAUUAUUGCAUCUGCCCUUAACUAUGGACUCAUUACAUGGUGCAACAAGAUCUUGGGACCAGCUUUGGUUUCCCUUUACAAUCCACUUCAACCUGCGUUUUCUGCCUUCCUGUCCCAAGUUUUCCUUGGAAGUCCAAUUUACUUGGGAAGUAUCAUAGGGGGAUCUUUUAUCAUUGCUGGUCUGUACACUGUUACUUGGGGAUCAUAUAAAGAAAGACAGGCAACUGUUGGAGUUACUCCAAAUGGCUCUUGGGUCUCUGAACCACUUAUUCAUGAAAAAAGUGCAUACCAGAAAGGUCUCAUUUUUUCAGGGUCCUCUAGUGUUGUAUCCCCAAAGUCAUCAGAUUAAGGAAAUGAAUUAUAGGAUGCCAAUGCCUUGUAAAAGCUGGUCCCUAGACUCUUCAAUUCAAUCUGUUACUGCAGUCAUUGCAGUCUGUAAAUCUGUAGAUGAUCAUGUCAAUGUGGGAUGUUGUUUGAGGAAAAACUCAGUGUUGUCCUGUUAAAAUUAUAUCUGAAUUUUGACACCAACUUUGAAAUA